AUGGCGGCAAUGAAGGCCAGAGGCCUCGCACUCUGGCUCUUCCUGCCGGUGGUCAUAGCAUCCGGCAGCUCUGGAUAUCCCGAGUGCCCGUGCAUUACCAACAGCUCCGCCAAGUUCACUCAAUACGAGAAUGCCCUGAUCGCAGGUGGGAUACGGCCCACCUACGGCAUCACAGGCUGUGCAGCUCAUGAUUCGAACUACUCUCUCUUCGGGUGUGAGCAGAAUCAGGAGUCAUUCUGCCAGAAUCCUUGGUGUCUCGUAGACAUGGACUUGUGCCCCUACAACAGGCAGCUGUGCGAGGAUGCGGGCGGUACGAUUGGAAGCGAUGUGUCUCCCCAUUGCCGCACCCGUGGUCGGAACCCCAGCAGCCUGCUGAAUAUCUCAGAUAUGCAUUACAGCUACGAAACCUGCGACUCAGUCAACGACUACGACCCCCAAAUUCUUGUGGAGCCGGUGGUUGGGCGCAUGAUCCGUGCAGCGGCGGAUGCGUGGGCGCCAUGGAUCGUCAAGACUACCAACUCCAUGAAUGAGGAAGUUUGGGGUGGUCCGUCUUUUGAUUUUUUGAAGGCUUCCUUGGACCAAGCGGUUUUUGACCCGAAGCCGGUGCUCGAAGUCGUCCCCGGAUGGGCCACGCAGCAGUCCAGAGAUAAGUAUCCGGAAAGCUCCUACACGGCAUGUGUGCACGAUGUCGCCAUCGGAAACUUCGACAUCUGCAUCGCAGAUCUCUGGCUAACACCAGAGAGGAACCAGCUGACAACCUUCCUGCCAGCUGUUCGGCAGGAUUACUUCUACCUCAUGGUCAAAACAGGCUCUGAGGGAGCAGCUGACCUUACUCUCUGGCAGCGCUUGGCGAAGCCUUUCGAACCAUUCACUCCCGGUGCCUGGGGCGCUGUGGUGGGAUUCCUUUGCAUCAUGUCGGUGCUCCUGUGGCUCAGGCAAGUGUGUGAGACGGGCUGCCAUGGCGACGCCAAGACGAUUUGCAAAACGAACGUCGUUGCACUUCUACGCUCCCUCUUCUUCGUUUGGCACGACUUCCUCCUGGGCCAGAGCAGCAUGGACGUGGAGAGUGGACCGGUUAGGCAGAUAUUCAGCCUUGCGCUUGCUUUCUUCAUCCUCAUCACCCUCGCGAGCUACACGGCGAGUUUGGCAUCCGUGCUGGUGAUUCAGAACACCCCAAGUGCGAGCAUCAAUUCCAUCGAGGAUGCCAUUAAUGAUGGCCAGACAAUUUGUGCUCCCACGUCGCUAAUCCAAACGUUCACAGGUGUUUAUCCACAAGCCGUAUUUGUGGCCGGUGAUAUCCAGACUUUACCCAGGAUGCUUCAUGCAGGGCAGUGCGAUGUUAUGGUCUUGUCGCAGGAUGUCAUCGACAGGGUUUUCGCCGGGAAGGUGAGGGAGGCCGACUGUGCUGCAUUUCAUGCCGGCACCAUGACUCAGGAGGAAGCCCAGUGCUGGGAUGGAGACGAGCAGCGGGACUGCAGCUUUCUCAAAGUUGGUGACCUCCUCUGGAGCGUGCCUUUGUCAUUCCCGAUCAAUGAUGCGAUGGCGCAUAGCUUGUCCUGGGCCUUCACUUAUGCAAUCACCGGUGGAGUCAUGGAGGAUGCGAAGCGCUCGAACAGCGAGCUCUUCGCGGAGUCCAUCUGUGCAGCGGAGGCUGACGAGCAAGACAUCGCAAUGAGCUUCGACGACCUCAGUGGUGUCAUGUUCAUCUCCUUCUUUAUCGUGGGCGUUGGCUUCGUUGUCAUGGCAGCACGGCAUUUCCAGCGUCAGCGCAGGAAGAGUGUGGGAGAUGAGAAUCCCGAAGAAGAGAUGGUGGCAGAGGUGGUGGAGGUGACUCCUGGAGACGAACCAAGCGUCAUAGAAGUUCCUUUCCCAGCAGCAGCAGCCACCUUCACGGACCCGGACGGGCAAGCGGGGAUGGCAACCGAUGUAAUUUUCACCAAGACCGUAUGA